AACUAAACUUGCAAAUGAACAGCAUUGGCGAGGAUUGCAACGAGCUGAAGAAGCAGUACGACGCCUGCUUCAACAGCUGGUUCACGGAGGGAUUCCUAAAGGGCAAAACGGAUGAUUCCGGCUGCGCGCCCAUAUUCCGGGUGUAUCAGGAGUGUGUCAAGCGCGCCAUGCGGGAACAGAAGAUUGAGUUGCGGGAGGUGGGAACAGAGUACUCCACGGGCUCCGAGUACGACAAUGCGAACAGUUCCGCCGGAAAGGGACAGCCUAAGAGCAAAAGUUGACAAGUAACGCAGCUCCAGAAUCCUGGAUACGGCCUUGGUUCCACAAUUGGCCAGGAACAGGCUCCCAACAGUCUUACAGGACAUCAGCGCCGGCACCAGAGAGGGGGAACAGCCUAGGAGACGGCUUAAUGUCCGUGGACUAUUACGUUCCAGAGGCAGCAUUGUUUCAGCUCCAAGUCUCCCAGCUGUAUCACCUCAUCUUAUAUAAAUUAUGUAGUGAAUGUUUUAUAAUUAAGUUCAAGCAGCCAACUUAAAGUGUUAUAUUCAGGCGGACUACGGUUUUUACUUAGUACUUGUGGAUAAAUGCAAUAACAUGUUAAAUCAAAUCCUUUUUAAGUUAAUUAAAACAUGUACAACCUAA